GUGAGCUUACCUGUCCCCGCUUUUGGCGCGCAGGCCCGGGCGAGGGCCGGUGGUGGUGGUGCUCUCGCGGCCUCAGUGUGCUGUGGCUGCGGGUACCGGUCGUGUCCCCUUUGCUAGCACGCGAUCAUGGCUAGCAGAGGGAGAGAAUGUAUGUGAUUUUCCCCCUGGACGACUUGUUAGAUCUGAAUAGUGCGAAGGAUAGUAAACGUGUAACUGCGUCAUCGGCCUACCACAGCUAUAAGAGGCAGACUGCGGAAGUUUUGCCUCCUUCCCCACCUAACCAACAACUUCCCAGUCAAGUUCAACCUCCCUUGAUUCAGCAGUCCCCGGUCCCUCGACAACCAACACCACCUCAACACCAAAAAAUACAACAACAGCAACAACAACUGAAACAACAGAAACCAACUCCACCAAAAACACCGUCCAAAGCGUCCACUAGUCAGGCCUCAGUCAACCCUCAGUUGCCCGCCAGUGUCCCGAGUAGUAGUAGCAGUAGCAGUCACAACAGUAGCCUGAAGCAACCGAAGUCGCACAAGCAGUCUCUACCACCACAGCCUGAGCCUGCAAAGCAGCGGCAACAGUCUUCGCACUCAGCCUCGCCGGAGACGUCGUCACUCUCCUCGACGAAGACUCGCGGCCUCCUGAGCCCGCAGUCGCCCGCCGGAGCGGCAGUGACCAACCGUGCCUCGUGGGCGGGCACUCCCACAGGUGCGCUCGUCGAGUCGGCGGCAUCUCGCAGCGGCAGCUUCAGGUCUCGUCGCGAACUCGCCCGUGAAGUCGUUGCUACAGAAAGUAACAGCAAUAGUGUGAAAGGGAAAGCGAACCGAGCGAGUGAACCUUCUCAGGACGCGCGCGGGAGUGCUAACGCAGGAACAUCACAAAGUGGAGAGCCAAACCUGAAGCCAAACAUUGGUAAAAGUGAAAGUUUUAGGUCUCACCUCAGUGCAGUAGCAGGGGGAGGAGGAGGAGGAGGGGGAGGAGGAGGAGGGGGAGGAGGGGGAGGGGGAUCAGCGCCUCCACCACAAUACCUAAGUGGGGCCGAGUGUCUCAAGAUCCAACAGGAGUGUCUUCCGCAGGUGGAGGAUUUUCGGCUGUCUCGCCCUCAGAGCCUCAGGGGCAGCCAGAAAGGAGGGGAUCCCACCACGGCUGGUGCCGGGGGAACGAGAGGGGCGGGGGGGACCAGGGGGGCGGGGGCUAGCUUAAAGAGUCAAGGAGGGGCGUCUCGAGGCCCUCAGAAGAGCGUCAUGGCAGGCGAGGUCAGCCUGCGCGACCUUACUCAUCCCAGCGUUAAUGAACCUCUCAAGGCUCACAACUCAGCGACCUUCAAACUUAUUAAAACAGACGAGAGUUGUCCCGUAGAUGACCCUGUGAGACCUUCGCCCAAGUAAGCGCAGCUUCGGAUGCUGACCUCAUCUCAUCAUCUCCGCCGCCCCCUUCUCCGGCCGGGGCUUCCUCGCCUCGACCCGGACGCCGCCGCCACGAAGCCCGAAUCGGCGCCCGUCGCCAGAGCCGCGACCGAUGUUCGAGUCUCGCCCGCCACCGCCCAUGACGCUCCCUCGUCCUUUGCCUGUCACUCUAACAGUACUUGUCACUCAUAUGACAUGAAGGACAGUCACGCCACCCUUCUUCCUGUCACUCAAGGACGCGAGAAUACCGUCUUGACGCCGCCCACAAUAGAAUGCCUGUCCCAGGGUUUCUGUCACCCCUCGAACCGUCUUUGCGUUGAGCGAGAUGCGACGUAAAGCCACCCCCCUUGAGUCCAGCUUCUGUGACGUGUACCCCCCCCCCCCCUUCUGGCGCGACGGGGCACC